CCGGUAAUACCGGCGGGUACCGCACUGCAUGGGGACGAGAUGAGCCGCCCGGUGACCCGCCGGGGCAGGCAGAGCCCGGCUGCCCGCACCCGUCACCCUGGAGCCCCGGGUUACUUUCCUGAGGCUUCUAAGCGGGCAGCGCUGGGGCUGCUCCGGGAGCUGCAGGGUCCUCCCGGGGCUUGGGGUGUCCGAAAGUGUCCAUGGGCUCCCCAAGCGCGGAGGGGGGGUGGGUGUCCCGUGCCCGUGCCAAGCAGAUUCACUUUGAAACUGGAGUUAAAGUUCCAGGGCUUGAGCCCUGAACCCCAUCCCUGACUCACUGGUGUCCUCGAGCGUGGGAUGCAGGAGUCACCCAUCUUGUUCGGGUGCAUGGGUCCCUGUUUAGGGGCAGGUUGGGGUUUGGGAUGGCCUUUGCAGGUGGGAGAGGAGGGGACGGCCUGGGCCAGGCUGGAGCACCCCGGGUGCUCCUUUAUCCCAGCCUGGCUCCCCAGAUCUGAGCCGUUCUCUGUGCCAGCUCCCCGGGGCUGUCACCCCAACCUCAUCCCUACAGGACCCCCUCUGUCCUGGCGAGCAAUGGAGGGAGAUUCCACCCUGCAGCUCCGUGUCUUUGACCUCAACUGCUGGGCCAUCCGCUACCUGAGCAAACGGCGGCAGGAGCGCGUGCGGCUCAUCGGGGACGUGCUGCGUCAGGAGCGCUUCGACCUGGUCCUUCUGCAGGAGGUGUGGAGUGAGCAGGACUACAGUGAGCUGAAGGCGAAGCUGGGAGGCUGCUACCCCUUCUCCCAUUACUUCCGGAGUGGGGUGAUCGGCAGCGGCCUCUGCGUCUUCUCCAGGUUCACCAUCCUGGACACCCUCCUCUACCAGUACUCACUGAAUGGGUACCCCUACAUGCUCCAGCACGGGGACUGGUUCUGCGGCAAGUCCGUCGGCCUUGUCAUCAUUAAGAUCUCUGGGAUCAUCUUCAAUGUCUAUGUCACCCAUCUACAUGCGGAAUACUGCCGGGAGAAGGACGCCUACCUGCCCCACCGCCUGGUGCAGGCCUGGGAGCUGGCCCAAUUCAUCCGACACACCUCAAAGGCAGCUGAUGUGGUGCUGCUGGGGGGAGACCUGAACAUGCACCCUGAGGAUGUGGGCAUCCGGCUGCUGCGUGGCUGGACGGGGCUGCAGGAUGCCUUUGCUGAGGCCAAGCACUUUGAGGGCUGUAAGGAUGGCUGCACCCUCAUCCCCAACAACUGCUUCACCAUCAAGACAGAGCUGCUGCCCUUCCCGCUCGGCAUUCGCAUUGACUACAUCCUCUACAAGGCCGUCUCCAGCUUCAUGGUAAAGUGUGAAGAGCUGAAGACCACGACGGGGUCAGCUCCAGGCAGGGACAUCCCCUUCUCAGACCAUGAAGCUGUGAUGGCAACGCUGCACAUCAGGAGGCAGCGAGAGGCUGCGAGUGCCACCCUCAGCACAGCUGUGCCGGCGCUGGUGGACGUGGUGACGGAGGCACGGACAGAGGUUGGCGUGGGGCUGCGGGCAGCGCAGCGGCAGCGCUACUCCACGGGCAGGCUGGCGGUGCUGGCAUUGCUGCUGCUGCUGCUGCAGGCAGCAGCCGUGCUGGGCACGCUGGCGGGGCUGGGCGGGCAGCCCUUCCCCAAGCUCUCCUUCUCCCUGCUGGCCUUCCUCGCCGUUGGCAUCCUCCUCCUCGCCACUGGCCUCCACCUCUUCCACACCAUCGAGGUGAAGAUGCUGCAGGGCACAGAGGAGCAGAUGCGGAUGGCGCUGCGGGUGCUGCAGGAGCGGCCCAGCGAUGGCUGAGUUGGUGCUGUGGAUGUCCCACGUUGGCCCCACAGCCCCAUCCUGGCCUCUUUCGGUCCCUUUUUGUAGCUGACUUCUGAUUUUAGGUGAGCAGCGCUGUGGCCGGAUAGGUGGCACAGGUUCACAGCCACCUCUCUGGGUGAAAUUAAGGUUUUUGGGGGCAGAUUCAUCAUGUUGGCCCCCAUGGGAACCCGAGGGGUGGCAGGUUUUAAUUGCUUUUUUAACACAGCCUUGUUACCUGGAGGGAUCCACCAGCGUGGCCGAGAGGCUCCAGAGGCUCGGCCUGGGGUGGCCUCAGGGGCUCCUGGUGAAAGCUGGUGCUUGCUCCAGCAACCAGAUUUGACUCGGGCAGAAAUAAAGGUGACGUUUUAGCCCUUGG